AUGGAAAAAGUCGUGCUUGAAUCACGGCGACCAAACACGGUUUUCCGUCCACCGGAGACGCCACUAGAGCCGAUGGAGUUCCUCUCUCGCUCGUGGAGCGUCUCAGCUUUCGAAGUCUCCAAGGCUCUCACUCCUUCCAAAACCUCAGGCGACUCCGUCACACUCGAAGAGGAGGAACCCAUCGCCGGCGGCGAGACCGAGACGGAGGAGAACGGAUUCGUCUCCGGUAACCCUUUCUCCUUCGCUUCCUCCGAGACUUCUCAGAUAGAAGUGUCGCCACGAACAUCUGGUCGGCUUUCUCACAGCAGCGGUCCUCUCAAUGGUUCUUUAACUGACAGUCCUCCGAUUUCGCCGCCGGAACUCGACGACAUUAAGCAAUUUUGCCGAUCGAACAACAACACACAAAACUUCAACUCUCAGUUCCGUUCAACGGCGACGACUCCGGGACCUAUCACGGCUACAACCACACAGUCCAAGACUGUUGGUCGGUGGCUAAAAGAUCGGAGAGAGAAAAAGAAGGAAGAGAUUCGGGCCCACAACGCACAUAUCCAUGCCGCUGUCUCCGUCGCCGGAGUAGCUGCCGCGGUGGCUGCGAUCGCGGCUGCGACGGCAGCUUCGUCGAGCUCUGGAAAAGAUGAGCAGAUGGCUAAAACGGAUAUGGCCGUGGCUUCAGCUGCAACACUUGUGGCUGCUCAAUGCGUAGAGGCUGCAGAAGUGAUGGGAGCUGAGAGGAACCAUUUAGCCUCCGUUGUUAGCUCUGCCGUCAAUGUUCGAUCCGCCGGAGAUAUAAUGACAUUAACAGCCGGUGCAGCCACAGCGUUAAGAGGAGUGGCAACGUUGAAGGCGAGGACGAUGAAGGAGGUGUGGAACAUUGCAUCAGUUAUUCCAAUGGAUAAAGGAAUCAAUCAUGGAGGUGUCAGCAAUGUUAAUAGUAACGGUAACGGCAGCAAUUGCAGCUCGAGGAGCAGUCACAGUGGCGAAUUUCUAGCUGAAGAUAAUUUCUUGGGACAUUGUAACAGAGAAUGGCUCGCUAGAGGUUGUCAACUCCUCAAACGCACCCGCAAAGGUGAUCUUCAUUGGAAACUAGUUUCUGUUUACAUAAACAGGGUAAAUCAGGUUACGUUGAAGAUGAAGAGCAGGCAUGUUGGAGGGACCUUCACAAAGAAGAAAAAAAAUAUUGUGAUUGAAGUGAUCAGAAAUGUCCCGGCUUGGCCAGGCCGCCAUUUGCUGGAAGGAGGAGAGGAUCUGAGAUACUUUGGGUUAAAGACGGUUCUGCGAGGGAUUGUCGAAUUUGAAUGCAAGAGCCAGAGAGAGUAUGAAAUGUGGACACAAGGUGUCUCUAGGCUUCUUGCUGUUGCUGCCGAGAGGAAUAACAGAUAUAGGAUAUGA